AGUCUACUGAGUGAGAUCGUAGAGUGCUUUGGGUUAACGUUUCUCUGCGAAAAAGUCGCUUAUUUUCACAAAUCACGAUGAGAAUUAAGGUUAAAUGUAACCGUUUCCGUAAAAGUAUUCGUUUUCUAACAUAUAUUUGUUUAAUAUUUUAAAAAAUUCUGUCGAAAAGUGCGUUAAAACCGGCAAAAUGUGGCGGAAUAUAGGUUAUGUUUGUCUAUAAGGGCGAUUGUUGUGCGUUUUCGACGAUGGGAGAGUUUUAUAACUUGGCAUUUUAUUUUAUUGCUUGAGUUUUAGUGUCGAAAGGAAUUUUUUUCGUAGUGAAAUUUACGUAGUGAUGUCGAAUGUAUAAGCUAUUUCCACUAAAUUAAGUGUUUGUUUACAAACGGUUCGUUUACAAUAUUCCGAUUCAGAAAACAUAUUCGAUAUGCAUUUUAUUACGUAUAUGAUGUGGGUAAAAAUUCGCGUGAAAAUUGUCAGUGAGCUGUGAUGUUUAAUUGUCAGUGUAAACAAAGUAAUGUGUUCGUAUUAGUGCUUAGUGAAUUUCUUUUGGAUUACAGUGUUUUUUUGGAUUACCAUGAGUUUAUUUUGGAGCAUUUGAAUACAGUUUAAGGUAUUAUCAGAACGACAUGGAGCAGCAGCAAAUAAAACAACGACCAGAGAAGAUAAAACUGACAGAGAUAAACCCGUAUCUGACGUGUUAUCUCUGUAAGGGAUAUUUAAUAGACGCGACGACGAUAUCCGAAUGUUUACAUUCGUUUUGCAGGAGUUGCAUUAUCAAAUUCCUGCAGGACAACAGCUACUGCCCUAUUUGUGAGGUGAUCAUCAACAAAGCCAAACCCAAUUUGAAAUUGGACAAAACUCUUCAGGACAUCGUGUACAAAUUAGUACCAGAACUGUUUUUGAAGGAGAUGACGCGCCGAAAACAAUAUUAUCAGCAAUACCCGCAAAUAGCAGCAAGAGUUUCCCCAGAAGAACGUGGUGAAGAUACGGAAAGGACCAUUUUCAACCCACAAGAUUGCAUAAGUUUAUCCAUGGAGUACGUGAGUUCGGAUUCUUCACCAGGAGCUAUAAAACUACCUGGCAUAAAAAACGACGAAAUAUCUAUAGAAGACAACCAAACUCACAUGAAACGGUAUUUGCAGUGUCCAGGGAUGUGUCGAGUAGACGUAUUGAAGAAAUUUGUUAGAAAUAAAUAUAAUGUAGAUACCAGUUUGUUUUACAUUGAUAUUUUAUAUAAAAGAGUACCUCUUCCCGACCAUUAUACUUUGAUAGAUAUCGCUUAUAUCUAUUCGUGGAAAAGGGUAAGGGAAUUAUUAAUUUUUAUUUUUUUUUUUUCGUAUAAUAUAUUUAGAAACUUUAAUUUGUUACAGAACGAACCGAUGAAAUUCUUUUUCCGCAUAACCGAUUUGAAUAAAGUCUCCGAACGAUUCGAUUAUUUCGAUUCCAAAAAUACCAACGAAACGUUGGUACAAUUACCUUUGAGAUCUUCCAGAAACAAUGGAGCGGCUUCUAGAAGAAAGGAACACGUUUUGAACAAGAAAAAUUCGAAAGCGAUCAAACAACAAGACAACAAAGUGCAAAGCAACGGUUGUGAUAAAAUAAACACAAAAAUUAAAGCGGAAACAAGUGAUUGUGAAAUUAAUAGCGACAAAAUCGGCGAGCAACAAUUAAAUAGUAACAAAGAAAAUGUUAAAGUGAAAGAAGAAACUAAAAUAAACAGUGAUAAUUAUCAAGAGAAUACAGAAGAAAGUACGAAACGUUUCGUUUUGAAAAUAAAGAAGGAUCCCGAAAAGGAUAAAGCGAUAAAAGAUGAUAUAAGUGUUACCAAUACAAACGAAAUAAAAAAUAGUGUAGUGAAACCGGAAGUAUCGGGACAUUUAAAAAAUAACGUACAAAAUCAAAAGAAUUCCGUUUAUACGAAUAUAACGCUGAAUAGAAGUAAUAACAUGGAAAUAAUCACGAAAAUUCAAAAACUUUCCAAUAAAGACGGACAAUCUCUCGGUUUUAAUAUAAUAAAACAAACAGUUAAAAGCAACGAUAAUAAUAAAAAACUCGAAACAGAAAACGAUAGUACGGAAAACGAAGAAAAAAUAAAAUUUUUGAAAACGUUCGAAUUAACCGCAAAAACUAGUCCGAAAUUAAAAAAUAAAGAAGAAACGACAAAAAGAAAAACUUCGAGUCCCCCUAAACGAGAAUCUCCUAUAAAAAAAUCAAAAACGGAAAAGAAACCGGUAACGAGAAUAAUAUUACAAAACAAACCGAAAUUAUCAACGCCCGGUUUACAAUCUUUAAUAGAAAAUUGCAAAAUACCAUCUUCUCUAUCUAUAACAAUAAAAAACGGUACGGAAACUAAUAAACCCACCCCGAUGAUACCGCCGGUGAAGAAUUACAUCGAAAUAUUAAAAUUACCCGACGAAACUAAACCGAUUAAAGGAGAUACGAAUUUCCGCAUAAACGCGGAUAGCGAACAAAAAGUCGACGAAGAUUUGGCGGAAAUAGCGAAAAGUUUAACCGAAAAAAUUCCGAUAUCGACGACGGUUUCCCAAAUAAUCGGACCGAAACAAGAAUUUUCCAUUCCUACGAAACCGACUAAAUUCAAUAUACAACCGUCACCAGUACCUGAAUUAACCAACAAACUCCUCAACGUACCGAAAGAAAAUAAAUUGAAUCCCAGAUCGCCGCAAUCAUUUCAAAAAAUAUUCGAAGAAUCCAUUAAAAAACCGGAUAUUUCGUCGCCGGAAAAAGAAUCUAACAACGAAGUUACAAGCACUUCUAAUAAUAAUAAUAAUAAUAAUAAUAAUAAUAAUAAUAACAAGAGGAAUUUGAUGGAGAUAACGACGAAGUUGUAUAAAAAAACGAAAAUGGAAAUGGAGAAGAAUCAAAUAGAUUCGACGACGACGACGACGAUGACGACGACGUUGUCGACGACGACUACACCAAAAAUACCGAUACCGAGAUUAUCGAAUAGUAAAAAUUCGACAUCGGACGCGGUGGAUAAACGGAAAUGUCAAACUACUUUGAACAAUUUACAUUCGAACGCUCUAGGAUUGAAUUACACGAUAUCCGUUGGUCCGAGUAAAGGCGGCGCUGUUACCAAAAAAGACGAAGCGUCGUCGUCGUCGCCGUCGCCGAAAUCGUCGCCGAUGAUAAAACACAUGUACGCCCCGAUGAUGGAACAAUUGAAAGUCAACACUUACUCCCCAAAGUCGAAUAAACCCCCGUCGGGGCAUUUAGCGACUUCGAGCGUCUCGCCGCCGAAACCGUCGUCGAGUAGUAGUAGUAGUAGUACUUCGCAGACGACUCCUCUCAGUCCUAAUCAGAUAUUGGAGAGAUACAGUAUCCAGAAUUUGGCGCAAUUGACGGCUAAUUUGAAUUACGGUUUGAAUCAUCCCGGUAAUCAAUUGGCGGCUAUACAGCACGCGAUGUUUUUGAAACAUUUCGAAAUACAAAAUAGACAGAAUUGGUUGAAUAUGAAUCAGGGUUCGUUGAUGCAGUACGAAAAGUAUUUGCAAAAUUUGCAGAAAACUUCGCAGAAUCAUUUGUUGACUAAGGAAAAUUGAAGCGGUUCCGUUCUAGUUCGUUCGUUCGUUAGUCUCGUUCGUUUAUUUUAAUUUAUUAUUAUUUUUUUUUUGUGUUUCCAUUCCAUGUUUAGAAAAUUUAACUAAAUGUCUUGUAUCCGCGUUUUCUUUUUUCAAAAUUAGACAAAAUCGUUUCUCAUACAAUUCUCAUAAAAGUCUAGAAAUUUCUCCCGUUUUCCAGUCUCGAAUCUUUUACUUUUAAUUUGAUGGUUUUUGUUCCAUUUUCUUUAACUUAACUUUUCUUCUUUUUUCUUUUUUUGCAAUUUUUGCUUCAUCUUUUCGAUUUUUACGAGAUUUGUUCUUGUUUAUUCCUCUUUUUUGCUUUUUCUAUGUUUUUUCUACGUUUUUUUUUUCUCAAAAUUAAUCAAAAUCGUUUCCUAUCUCGUCGAAUUCUGAGUAAUGUUUGAAAAUAUUUCUCGUUUUCCAGUCUCGAAUCUUUUACAUCAAUCUCGUAUUCAUUAAUUUAUUUGUUUUUGUUCCAUUUUCUUGAUACUUUUCUUAUAAAUCCAUUCGAAUUUUUAAAAUGUUAAUUUUUUUAACAAUUUAUUUGUUUUUCUUUUUGCAAAUUUCCUUCGUCUUCUUUUCUACGAGAUUUGUUCACGUUCUUAAGUUCUCAUUUUCCCUUUUUUUACUUUUUCUUUCUUUCUCCUCGUUUUUUUCUCAAAAUUAGUCAAAAUCGUUGCUCAUUCUCAUUAAAGUCUAAAAAUUUCUCGAGUUUUUCAUUCUCGAAUCGUUUACAUAAAUCUCGUAAUCAUUAAUUUGUUUGUUUUUUUUUUCUAUUUUCUUUAAUUUUCCUCAUAAAAUCAGACCGAUUUUUAUUAUGAUGAUUUUUUUCUAAUAAUUCACUUGUUUUUUACAAUUUCCGUUUCGUUCUUUCGGUUUUUACGAGAUUUGUUCAUGUUUAUUUCUCUUUUUUGACUUUUCUAUGGUUUUCCUCGUUUUUUUCUCAAAAUUUGUCAAAAUCGUUUCGUAUCUCGUCUAAUUCUGAGUAAUCUUUAAAAUAAAUUAAAAUAAAAUUUCUCUCGUUUUCAAUUCUCUAAUCUUGUACUCCAAUUUCGUAUUCAUUAAUUUGUUUGUUUUUGUUCUAUUUCCUUCAACUUUUCUUAUAAAUCCAUUCGAAUUUUUAUUAUGAUGAUUUUUGCAAUUUUCGCUUUGUCUUAUUUGCUACGAGAUUUGUUCACGUUUUUAAGUUCCCAUUUUCUCUUUUUUGCAUUUCCUAUGUUUCUUCUCGUUUUUUUUUUUCCAAAUUAGUCAAAAUCGUUUCUUAUCUCGUCAAAUUUUGAGAAAUGUUUGAAAAUUUCUCACGUUUUUCAGUCUCGAAUAUUUUUUUUUUCAAUCUCGUAUUUAUUCAUCGAUUUGUUUUUGUUUUUUAGCAAAUGCUUCUUCCAUCUGUUGAACCGCUUUCCGUUCUUCGUAGCAACCUUUUCUAUCCGCGACUCCUUCAUUAUCGUACUUCUUCCACUAUUUGGCCUAUUCACGUAAAUUUUUUUCACGAAUUCAGUUUAAAACCUCAUCUUCAUCUUCACAUUUCGACCAUCAAACAUUCAAUUUUCUUAUUAUUAUGAUUGGAAUUAUGUUCUUUCUAUCAUAUAUUCAACAUUUUAAAGAUGUUUUUCUUUCUGUUAAUAUGUCUUUCGAUCUUGUUGUCAAUUCUCCCCAUUUUCAUUUUCCUUUUGUUUUUCUGCUCCUUUGCAAUAAAUAAUUGUUUCUAUUUAUUACAUUUGAUGAAUCUAUCUUCUUUUUUCUACCUUUUUUCUAACGUCUACUUUUUCGUCAUUCUUGUUAUUCAUUUUUAGUUCCUAGCUGGUUUCUUGUAUUUUUUUUUCUUUUUCCCAAUCGCUCCCAGUAUUUUCCAUAUAUAAGUUUUUCAGUUAUCGCAAUAAAAAAUUAAAAAAAUUAUAUAUCCCCGAAAAUUUUCUUGUUAAAAUACAGAUUUUUAAAUUUCCAAUCGGUCAUUUUGUGUUUCUAAAAUUACUUUCCAUGUAGUUGACUAUUUUUUGCUUGCUAGAUGAAUUAGAUUUUAUAAAACGUCAGUUUUGACAGCUUGACGUUUAAGAAUGCGGCCACCUCUAUUUGUAUUUAACGUGGACAUUUGACAUUUAGUAUUUAUAACCUCAAAAAAUGUAGUAAAUUAUUUUUUUUCUUCAUAAUUUGGUGAAUAAUUGAAAAAAGAAGCUACAAUUUUCGAUUAUCUAAAAAUAAUUUCUUUAUGUAAAACAAAAAUUUAAUCAAAAACUUUGAUUUUAAAAAACAUUUCGGUAAAAUUGAGUUAAUUUUAAAAAAUGAUAAAUCAAUUCACUUUUAAAUACAUCGUUCAUACUGACUUUUUAAUCAUUCCCCGUAUAUUUUUUUUCUAAUCAAUAUAACAUAAUUACCAAGGAUAAUAAAUAUUUUUCAAAUUCUCUUUCAGUUUCAAAAUCAAAAUUAUUUGUUGUACAUUAUAUUUUGUUUUUAUUUAAAGAAAAAUUUGUUAACGUUUCUGUAUUUAAAGUAUUGUUAAAUGUAUUUAAUUUGAAUGCAACCAAGGUGUAUUAUAAUAAUGUAAAUUAGUUAGUUCUAAGAAAAAUGUAAAAUAUCAUUUUACAAUUUUCAUUAAAAAAACUCAUAGUUU